AUGUAUACUGGCUAUGCCGUCUUGCUCAUUAGCCGGGUUCCUAGAUGCGAUGAGCAAAAGGAGCUCAGCAAACGCUUUGAGAGAUUUGAUCUCCAAGAGCUCAUUCGAACCGCUCUCGAUGUUAGCGAUGGCUCCAGAUAUUGCACUCGAGUGCUAAAGUGCUUGGAGGGCUUACACAACAAAGCUUUCAUAUUUACGAUGGAUCAUGGCGUCGAGGUUUUUGCAAAGCUCCCAAAUCCUAGCGCAGGCCCUGCCCGAUACACUACAGCCUCGGAGGUUGCUACAUAUGAUAUGCUUCGUGAGGUGUUCAAAGUUCCUGUAUCUCGGAUUUUCGCGUGGCCAGCAGAUGCGACGAAUAACCCUGUGGGUGCAGAGUAUAUCAUUCAAGAGAAGGUGCAUGGUGUACGGCUGGGUUCUCUUUGGAAUCAAUGGCGACGAAAAGCGAAACUCGACUUAAUCAAGCAGGUCGUUGAUAUGGAGAUUAAGCUGACUACUAUGGCCUUCCCCUGGCAUAGUUGUAUUUACUAUAAGAAUGACCUUCUUUCGUUGACUGGGGAUGCGAAAGCGCUCACCGUGGAUUCUGUCGCACCGGAAGCUCUUGAACACUUUGCUAUAGGGCCACUCACCUCAGCCGAGCUAUGGACUGGGGUUAGAAAGGACAUGAGGCUGGACCGUGGCCCCUGUGGGUAG